AUGCCUUCGAUUCUCUCCGACGAGGACAAGCAGACGGUCAAGCGCACCGUGCCCAAGUCGGCCAACAAGAUCCACACCGUCGCUGUCGCCAAGUUGUACAUCGCCUACCCGGACCGGCACCGAUGGACCUACACGGGCCUGCAGGGCGCCGUCGUGCUGGCCAACGACCUGGUCGGCAACACCUUCUGGCUCAAGAUGGUGGACAUAUCGCCCCAAAGUCGCGGUGUCAUCUGGGACCAGGAGAUCUACGACACCUUCUCGUACAACCAGGACCGCGUCUUCUUCCACACCUUUGAGCUCGAGGACUGUCUCGCCGGCCUGUCUUUUGCCGAUGAGAAGGAGGCCAAGACCUUCAAGAAGAAGCUCGACGACCGCGAAAAGAACGCCCACAAGAACACCAAGAACAAACCCUUCAGCGCAUCCGCAGGCACCAGCGCGCCCGCAGCCAACGGAAAGGGCGGCGGCCAUGGCCACGGCCUGCUGGGAAGGCUCACCGGACGUGACCGCCAUUCUUCCUCACCCGGCCCGCCGCCAGCGUCUAUUAUUCCACCCGUCAGCGUCACAUCGCCUGUGCAGAGCACCCACUCCAAUGCCACAAGCGCUCGAAACUCCGCCAUCGACACUACCGACCCAUCAUGGCAGCCGCUGUUGAAGGAACUGCUGGCAAUGGGUAUCACCGAGGACCAGAUCGAAGAAAACGCCGAUUUCAUCAAGCUAUACAUCGAGCAGCGGAAGCAAGAGGAGAAGCUCAAGGAUGAGAAUAACCAGCGCAAAUCCAGAGCGCCUCCGCCUCCUCCACCGAGCGCGCCUCCCAUGGCCGCAUCUCUCAGCCCUCAGAACACAGGUGGCUCCAAGCGAGGACCUCCGCCCGCGCCUCCGCCAGCGCGAAGAACGAGGACAGACGCAGCCCUCAAUCGCAACUCUUCGGGAAGCCCUGCGCCGCCAUCACCACCGCGCGAAGCUUCACCGUCUCCAGGGCCACCCAAACCAGUCUUCAGGGCGCCUCCACCACUUGCGGAAGCAGGAAAGUUCGCCAAUCUACCCCCGGCACCACCAGGCAGAUCGCGAGCCUCGUCCAACGCAGCCAACCCAGGUCCUCCACCGCCGCCGCGCCCGCCCAAGACACCCGUACCCGACGAAGAGAGGCCAGUGGGAGGCAAGUUCGGUGUACCUCCGCCCUUCACAGGCAAUCGCGUACCCUCCGGCCCACCUCCACCACCCCCAAGCCGAGGGCCAGUUCCUCCACCGCCUCCCGCGAGAGACACGCCAUCCGCACCUCCUCCACUCCCACCGAAGACAUCGGCAGCCCCGACACCGCCGCCUGUCCACAACAUACCACCGCCUCCUCCGCUACCGCCAUCUUCAUCUCGACCUACACCAGCACCCCCUUCGAGCGCGGCACCAGUCCCACCGCCUCUACCCCCAACAAGCAAUGUAGCCCCGACACCGCCACCGAUGCCAGGACGAUCGAUUCCUCCUCCUCCACCGAUGCCCAACAGCUCAGCGCCUCCUCCACCCCCUAUGCCAAGCACAGGCGCACCGCCGCCACCGCCAAUGCCUCCUGGCUCCGUGCCUCCUCCGCCGCCGCCAAUGCCUUCACGAAGCGCUGUAGCACCACCUCCACCUGGCCCACCGCCCCCACCGAGCGGCGGUGCGCCUCUGCCCAAACCAGCGCCAGGGCGAGACGGCUUGCUAGCGGAUAUUCGAGGAGGAGCGAGAUUGAAGAAGGUUUCAGAUACAGAGAAAAAGGACCGCAGUGCAGCGGCAGUUCCUGGCGCGGAACCUGCUGGAGGAGCUUCUGGAGGAGCCAGUGGUGCAGCUACACCUGGAGAUGCUGGCUUGGCUGGAGCACUGGCUAGUGCUCUUGCGGCAAGGAAGUCAAAAGUUAGUCACAGUGACGACGAAUCCGACAAAGAUGAUUGGUAA